GCACAAACUGGCUACGCCAAAUCUUAACUGACCUGAUAGCUGUAUCUCAAAAGAAAACACCGGGUAGUGAAAGCAGUGCRAKUGAUGAAGAUCUUGAAGAAUUCCCCUAUCUCGAAGUUGGAGACGUUGAGAAAUAUGAGAUAUUGUUACUGAUUCGUAAUCCAAAGGAUGUAGCUACAUCAUUUUAUCAUUUUUCCAAAGGCCUGGCUAGUUUUCCCUCCUAUGAUACCUGGGAUGAUUUCUUCAGAGAUUUCAUGACAAAGAAAAUGCCCUGGGGAUGCUACUUUGAAUAUGUUUCUGAAUGGAGCAAAUACACUGAUAAAGAAAAUAUUAUGGCAAUAACUUAUGAAGAGCUAAAAGAGAAUCGUGCCCUGGGUGUGAAAAACAUCGCUGCUUUCUUUGGAAUUCCACUGACUGAGGAAGAGCUUCAGCUCGUGGUAAACAGGAGCAGCUUCCAGUCUAUGAAGAAGAACUCAGACAAGACCCAUGGGGCAUUUGGUGGUGUAAGUGACUGGAAGAAUCUUUUCACUGAAGAUCAGAAUGAGAAAAUGGACAAAGUAUUUGAAGAACGGAUAGCAGGCACUAAACUUGGAAAWAAGUUGAAGUAUGACUUGUACUGCAAAGCCUGA